CUCGCACAUUUGUAAGGUGACCCCCCAACCGUAUCAUUGGUUUAUUAUUUCUUUAAGGUGUUUUAUUGACUUAGAUUGACAUAAAUGUGACAAGUGAUCGUUUGUUUUGAUAUUCCAGGUGCAUGGCUUUUAGUUUAAGAGAGUGUGUUUUAUGGUAAACUUUUGCAAAUCUUAUUCGAGCCUGUUUACCUUGUAGCAAUUGGACCUAACAUAACAACAAAACUGAUAUUUUUAUAUGCAUUUGCCAGUGACUCAAAACCCUCACAAAAAAUGCUAAAAAUGGUAGCACGAAAUUUCUCGGUACAGGAGAUACCGUACUCGAGAUUAUUCCAACUUCCCGAUGAAGACAAAGAUUUUAUCUCGUUGGACGAGCUGAAGCCGAGCAUGGUGCAGCAUAAUCUGAAUCAUCAGCAAAUGCACAGUUAUGAGCCGACUUAUUAUGAAUUGACAAGUAUUUCUGAAGAUCCAUGUUCGUCAUCUUUAUCUUACACACCAUCCCUAUCCAGUUCAACAUGCACCUCCACCAUGAUCGAGAACCCGGUGGUGGAUAGCACACUCAAUCCACCAAUAAGGAGAAAAAGGAAAGCAUCAUACCAUGACACUAGUGACUUAGAUGACAAUACAGAGGAAGAUGCAAAAUCAACAAAAACAGAUGAAAACAAAAAACAAAACCAUAGCGAGAUCGAAAAACGUCGCAGAGAUAAAAUGAACACGUACAUCACCGAAUUGUCCGCCAUGAUACCCAUGUGUCACGCCAUGUCCAGAAAAUUGGACAAGCUUACAGUACUUAGAAUGGCAGUUCAGCAUUUAAAAACUAUACGAGGAUCCGUCCAUUCAUACACUGAGGGUCAUUAUAAACCAUCUUUUUUGACCGACCAAGAACUGAAACAUUUAAUUUUGCAGGCAGCAGACGGGUUUCUUUUUGUAGUUGGUUGUGAUCGAGGUAGAAUUCUUUAUAUUUCCCAAUCUGUUUCAAAAAUUCUGAAUUAUAGCCAGGCUGAUCUAUUAGGUCAAAGCUUAUUUGACAUUAUCCAUCCUAAGGACGUUGCCAAAGUCAAAGAGCAACUUUCUUCAUCUGAUUUAAACCCGAGAGAAAGACUGAUAGAUGCUAAAACUAUGUUGCCAGUAAAAACAGACGUACCUCAGAACGAUUCUCGCUUAUGUCCCGGCGCAAGAAGAUCGUUCUUUUGCAGAAUGAAAUGCCAAACGGCAUCACAAAUCAAGGAGGAGGCUGAUACCACCACAGGCUGCCACCGUAAGAAUACGAAACUAAACUCUGACAAAAAGUUCAACGUCAUACAAUGCACCGGUUAUCUUAAAUCAUGGGCACCAGCUAAAAUAGGACUAGAAGAGCAAGAAGAUGCUGAUUCAGAUCCUUGUAAUUUAUCAUGUUUAGUUGCUAUAGGACGUAUUUUACCACAUAUUAGCACAGUCGCUCUUAGUAACUAUGGAAAUGAAAAAGUUCGACCCAUUCAAUUCGUUUCCAGACAUGCGGUGGAUGGAAAGUUCAUAUUUGUAGAUCAACGGGCAACACUUGUCUUAGGUUUCCUCCCACAGGAAAUGUUAGGCACGAGCAUGUACGAAUACUUCCACAACGACGACAUUCCGGCAUUAGCAGAUAGACACAAAAUGGUACUUCAAACAAGUGAAUACGUAUCAACCAAUGUUUACAGGUUUAGAACAAAAGAUGGUGAUUUUAUUAGGCUGCAGAGUGAAUUAAAAUCGUUCAAGAAUCCCUGGACGAAAGAGAUUGAAUAUGUUAUUUCAAAAAACAAUUUAGUUUUAAGCGAGUUUCGUAUGGUAGAGAGCAGCGCAAGCCGACCAGAAGUAAACAUUCAUGAAACAUACGAUUUUUUCUCUAGUCCAACAGGAAAAGACAUCCAAACUUUAAUUAAUUCCCAUGUGGAAGCGAGUAAAAUUGGCAGACAAAUCGCAGAGCAAGUGAUAGAUCUACAACGUAGAAGCGUAGACUCAUGUUCGAACAGUCCAGACCCAGAAAACUGUUUGACUAACCUACCGAACGGAGAAGCUCAAAUCACCACAAGCGUUCCUAUGUCUGACCGGUACAAACCCACACCACCAAUACCAGAUUUCCAAAAUCAAUAUGCAAAUAUCCGGACUAAUGUGCCAUUGAAUACCAUUCCAGCCGAUCCUGUUUUAAGUGGUCCAAGUCCAACAAAAAGCUCAGAAAUCAUAGACAUGAUCGGCGAUGUUCGUCAAUCUCCGAUUCAGCAAAACAAUGGUCAACCGAUGGACGGGAAUGACGAGGCGGCCAUGGCAGUUAUUAUGUCAUUGCUGGAAGCUGACGCGGGAUUAGGCGGACCAGUUGACUUUUCCGGGUUACCGUGGCCAUUACCUUGACCUGACCAAUAAGUUAGUUUGGUGGGAACCUUUUCAGAAAAAAUGGCAUAAAGAAGAAUGUUUUUGUUUUCCUUAAAUUUAAUUUAAUUUAUAACGAUAUAUUUUGCAUUUUUAGAGCAGAAUGUUUUUAUGUGUUACUUAAGGCUGUUAUAAUAAUAUAUAUUUAUAUACAAUAUUAAAUAAUAUAUGGGCUGUUA